AGCUUUCUAAGGAUUAGUAGAGAACAGUGGCAUGUCUAUGCUGAACAAAUCCAGUUGUGCAAGUGAACGGCUGUAGGAAUUGCAGCAGCAUAAGAGCACAAGGGACAGGCAACGUGGACGUUUUGAUCAUUGUGGAUGGUACAUUGUGAGACAAUGUAUUCACUGUAAUUCAUUGUGGUGGUUGAAGUUUAUUUCAACACAACUCUAGGCAAACAAGAGACGGCUGCUGGUCAUGCAGCAGGGGCAGAUGCAGAAUCCAGAGAGAUGGGUCUGUGCACAGUCACAAACGUUAGACUGCAACUAUUUCGGAGAAGCAGAACAAGGUGAAGUCUUUAGUAGUAGACUUUGACAGCAACAAAAAAUAGCGUUUGGUGAAUGCAUGCAUCAAAACGAACAGGUGACUAGAUACGCGACUCAGACAGCUCGAGCGCAACAGGUGCUUUUUAGCAAGCUGUCCGGUAUUCCUUGUGCGCAGAUUCAAAAGGUCGAGUUUUUCAGAGAUUUUACACGAGUCUCGGAGAUUUUACUGUAGCUUAAAAAUUUAUGUUAGUACUACUGAACGGAAUCUGGUUGAAGCAGGAAUGACUUUCUCAAAGAAUGAAAAUAAAGAAUGUAUUAGGAAUCAAAACAUUGUUCUAGAACACUGUCACGUUUGUGGUCCAGACUUACUUUGCAGAGUACGUUUGUUUGUGCUCUUGUGGAUGUGAUGUUGUUUACUUCUGGUACGAGUGUCUGUCUUUCUGUCUAUCUGAGGCUGUUUUGACACAGAGGCCAUAUUUUUGGUAAGAGAUUGCGUGAGUAUUGGUUGGAUCCGACUACGGAAAAUCAUGUUAGUAACCUAGAGCGUGUUCACACCGGGCCUAUUAUUAGUUUGGCGUUAGUGCACUAAUGCCACUCGUUCACACCGGUCCUAAUCAUGAUUACUGUGUAGUGUAACGCCGUUCUAGUAGUAUUACACGCAUUAGUGGCGUUAGUGGUUGCACGUGACUUUGGCACGUGAUGUAGUAUAGGAAGAGCAUGCCCCGAUGUUUCUGAUGUGGUCUUCAUAGUUAGCGGUGUGAACGCGCUCGCGUUAAUGUUGGCCUGUAGAUAGCCUAGUCCAGAUGUCGGUGUGAACCCUAGACUAGCAGUGCCGCAAAAUGCAUGAGCCCGUUGCAAAAGGGAUCAUCUAGAACUAACAAUUUUAUGAGUGUACGCUUGCAAUAGUACAUGAAGCAAAAGACGCUUUUUGUAAUCGCCCUGUGCUAGAAUACGGGUACCGCACGUGGCACUACGAACUGUCGGUUCUCACAGUUUACUAUUUUUAGUUGGACAUGUGAUCGAUGAUCUUUGCAUUAGCUCAUGCUGUCUACUGCCGUUUCUGUGCACCCAAGUAUGAAUAGGCACGCCGCAAGAGGUAUUAUAAAUUUUGAGACUAUCCGUCUAAAUCUGUCAAGACUGUGUGUAUACCAGUAGACUUUUGCGUGAGAGCGGGUGCACGUCCACCGGUCACCCUUCUGCAUUCGUUCCCGAUGCAGUACUAAUCAAUCUUUAUAACCAGAUCUAGGCACUGCACGAGUCUUGAAAUAUAUGCUGAGACAGUGAGUACGUAUUGUAGUCUAGAACGUCCACUGUUUUCAGUGAUUUGUCAAAGUUUUCGAGACUGUCUCAGCUUCAUACGGACUGCAUAGCCAAUUUUCAGAAACAAGCGGCAAGGUUAAACCGUCGUCUGGGCUUGCUGUAUGAGCAGCGGAACUCUUGGACUAAGAUCAGAUUGGCAUGAAGGCUCUUCCCCGUCUCUAGCGUUAUCUGCAUGUGCUUUCGCUGGAAGGGCGCCUUAUUUGCUCCAGCUAGUGACCGGAGACCGGCGCACACCGUAACACUGAUUUGACGCUUAUUUAGCUAGAGAUCAGGACUACCGUUUAUGCGGGAUCCUUGAGACUUCCAUUCUACAAAGGCAUUCGCGGUAUCUCGAUCUAGGUGAAUUACAAACGGCAGAUCUUGUCAUACGCACACCUGCAAAGACCUCUACGGGGCCUGGGGCGCAGUAUGCCCCAUUGCCUUCAGCUUUCUAUGCCUUGCCUGUGGACUUGCAGGUUUGAAAGACGACUUUCUUUAGGAAGGGAUGGUUGCAGCCGGUUGCAUGAUGUCUGAACACGGAGAGUUGCUGAUUUGAUGGUGUUAAUUGUCUGACAACUGUUUAUCAGGUACGAACUCUAGGAAAUGAUCGACGUUCGUUGCGCCAAACAACGACACUCCCGUGAUUGUAAGAACAAAACCCGGCGAGGUCAAGUCGUACUAUACGGUACACACGAGUGUCGGGUUUUGUAAUUCAUCAUCCAAGCAAAAAUCAGAGACCAAGUUACAGUACGUGCACUUGUAUCAGCUAGGUCGACCAGGUGAACUGGCAGUAUGAGGAUGCAGCUCGCUUUGAUGAUUACUCUACCAAUCGUCGCCACGGCUUUGACCCACAUCGGAGGAGACGGAGACGUAAACGUAACAGCAACGGGAAACAUUCAUCUUAGUGCAACAAGUGUUACCGUCAACGGUAGACCUCUAGACGCUGGACAGAAAGGAGACGUAGGGGCUGCAGGUCCGCCAGGAAAACCAGCUCCGGACGCAUGCCAUUGCUGUGAUCGUUUGGCAGCUUUAGAGUUAGAGCUAGCGCGAGUGGGUUUGGCAACGUCACUUUCUAGAAACUGCAAAGAAAUUUUGUCGACUGGAUAUCGUCGCAGCGGUGUGUACACUGUUGAUCCUCGUGAUGGUUUGGGGGCUUUUAAGGUGUAUUGUGACAUGACGACGGAUGGAGGUGGUUGGACUGUCUUUCAGAGAAGACAAGAUGGAUAUGUCGAUUUCUAUCGCAAUUGGGCAGAUUACAAAGCUGGUUUUGGUGAUCUGAAUGGAGAAUUUUGGUUGGGAUUGGAUAAGAUACAUCGUCUUACUGCUACAAACCAAACGCUUAGGUUUGAUAUGAAAGACUUUGAAAAUGAAGAACGGUAUGCGCUCUACAGUACUUUCGCUGUGGGAAAAGAAGCUGCUGGAUACAAGCUGACCGUUGGGCAAUACAGUGGCAAUGCUGGCGAUUCAUUCGCAUCUUAUCACAACGGAAUGAAAUUUUCAACUAAAGACCAGGACAAUGACUCAACUUCAAGUAAUUGUGCUGCUACUUGGUUUGGUGGAUGGUGGUACAAUAACUGUCAUCACUCUAAUUUGAACGGGAAAUAUUUAAAGGGAAGUUCUGCUAAUUCGGUUGGUGUUAAUUGGAAGCAUUGGAAAGGAUUUACGUACUCACUGAAAUUUACUGAAAUGAAAACAAGACCAGCGGUGUGAAGCCAAACCAGCAAUUCAAAGAACAACAGACAAAUGCACCUAAAUUUAAUUUCGAUCUAACUAAAGUCAAUUUUUGUGAGUGAAGUUUUAGUGCAGCAGUAGAGUUAGGGACAUGAAAUUUACAAGGGCAGCAGGUAAAUUGCUUUUGACAUGUGAUGUGAUCAUUAGUAGCUAGCUAAAUUAGUGUUUGUUCAUUUAAAUUUACAUGGUAACGAACCUAACAAGAUGUCUGCAGCAUCUUCAUCGAAGCCGCUUUGGCGCAACCAACGACAACAAUUCGCUUUUUUGUUGAUAUUAAAUAAAAGUUCUAUGA